GGUCUAGUCCCAAAUACACUGGCUUGCUGGGUGUAUGUGUGUGUGUGUGUGUGUGUGUUUGAAUCGUAACGAAAGAAGAAGAAAAAAACAAGCGUCUUCCUCGCAUUGCGCGUCAUUCAAACGCGGGUGUAGUGUACUAGCUUUUCCCCCAGUGUUGCAUUAGUAAUAACAGCGGCGUUGACGGGAGACAGCAGGAGAGAGAGAGAGAGAGAGAGAGAGACAUAGAGAGAGAGAGAGAGUGUGUGUGUGUCUCGGAGAGCGGUGCCCAGCGGAGGAAUAUUUCAGCCGUGUGUGUGUGUGUGUUUUUUUAUUUACUCCGGCAGCUUGUUGUUCGUCUCCUCUUCGCUGUUGUGCUGAACUUGGCCGGUCACGUGUGAACAUCUGUCCGCAAGUUGUUGUUCGACAGGACGGCGGCUCCUCACCUGCAGCGUUUGGGGACAAAAACCACAACCUGCCAUAUUUUUCUGCGCGAGCUGACGUCGCUGGACUCCAUCCUUUCCCGUGACGGACAACAACAGCAACUUCUCUCCCUUAGGGAUGAAAUAUGCACAUGCACGCUCUGCGCCCGUAGAAAAAAGCAGACGACACGCACUGUAAAGUCCAAAGUGGUUUUAAAUCAUGAUGAUGCAGGAGUCGGCCACAGAGACAAUAAGCAACAGUUCAAUGAGUCAAAAUGGAAUGAGCACCCUAAGCAGCAGCCAAUUAGAGGCUGGCAGUAGAGAUGGGAGAUCAAGCGCUGGUGACACGAGCAGCGAAGUAAGCACAGUCGAGCUGCUGCAUCUGCAACAACAGCAGGCCCUACAAGCAGCGAGGCAAUUACUCUUGCAGCAGCCAGGCAGUGGCCUGAAAUCUCCAAAGAGCCAGGACAAGCAGCGUCCACUGCAGGUUCCCGUGUCGGUGGCCAUGAUGAGUCCCCAGGUGAUCACGCCGCAACAGAUGCAGCAGAUCCUCCAGCAGCAGGUGCUUUCUCCGCAGCAGCUCCAGGCCCUGCUCCAGCAGCAGCAGGCAGUUAUGCUACAGCAGCAACACCUGCAGGAGUUUUAUAAGAAACAACAGGAGCAGCUUCACCUGCAGCUUCUGCAGCAGCAACAUCCUGGCAAACAGGUGAAAGAGCAACAGCAACAGCAGCAGCAGCAGCAGCAGCUGGCCGCCCAGCAGCUCGUCUUCCAGCAGCAGCUCCUGCAGAUGCAGCAGCUCCAGCAGCAGCAGCACCUGCUCAACAUGCAGCGGCAGGGCCUGCUCACGCUGCCGGGGCCCGCUCCCGGCCAGGCCGCCCUGCCCGGUCAGACCCUGCCCCCGCCAGCAGGCCUGAGUCCUGCAGAGCUCCAGCAAUUGUGGAAAGACGUAACCGGAGGAGGCGGUGGCGGCGGCCACGCCAUGGAGGACAACGGCAUUAAACACAGCAACAGUGGCAACGGUGCUGGUGGCGGAGGCGGCGGCGGAGGUGGUGGUGGCGGCGGCGGCGGCUUGGACCUCUCCACCAACAACUCUUCUUCAACUACCUCCUCCUCCAAUCCCGCAAAAGCGUCGCCUCCCAUCUCACACCACUCCAUCGCCAACGGACAGUCACCCGCCCUUAACCACAGACGAGAGAGGGAGCGGGAACGGGAAAGGGAAAGGGAGCGAGAGAGUUCACUACAUGAAGAAAGUGGAGGCACCCAUCCGCUGUACGGUCACGGCGUGUGCAAGUGGCCCGGCUGUGAGAACAUCUGCGAGGAAUUUGGACAGUUUUUGAAGCAUCUAAACAAUGAACACGCCCUCGACGAUCGGAGCACAGCUCAGUGUCGAGUCCAGAUGCAAGUCGUACAGCAGCUAGAAAUACAACUUUCUAAAGAACGUGAGCGUCUUCAGGCGAUGAUGACCCACUUGCACAUGCGGCCCUCGGAACCUAAGUCAUCUCCCAAACCACUCAACUUGGUGUCCAGCGUCACCAUGUCCAAGAACAUGCCCUCGGUAUCGCCGCCGAACUUACCUCAGACGCCCACCACGCCCACGGCACCCAUCACGCCCAUGGCCGCCAUGCCCCAGGUGCCGUCGAUACUGGGAGGAGCCAACGUCCCAAGCAUGGGCGCCAUGCGCAGACGCCACUCGGACAAAUACUCCAUGCCCCUGUCUUCAGGUGGUGACACAGUAUUUAUUUUUCCAGAGAUCGCCCCAAACUACGAGUUUUAUAAGAACGCAGAUGUCAGGCCGCCAUUUACUUAUGCAACCCUCAUAAGACAGGCUAUCAUGGACUCUGCCGACAUGCAGUUAACGCUUAAUGAAAUCUACAGCUGGUUCACGCGCACGUUCGCCUACUUCAGACGCAACGCCGCAACUUGGAAGAACGCCGUGCGCCACAACCUCAGCCUGCACAAGUGCUUUGUGCGCGUGGAGAACGUGAAGGGGGCGGUGUGGACGGUGGACGAGGUGGAGUACCAGAAACGCAGGUCGCAGAAGAUCACAGGAAGCCCAUCACUUGUCAAGAACUUGCCCUCCAGUCUUGGCUAUGGAAGUGCACUAAACGCGAGCUUACAGGCUGCCCUGGCCGAGACCUCCCUGCCUUUGCUCGGGACCCCCGGCCUUAUGACCAGCGGCUCCACGGGCCCGAUGGGUGGCAGCUGCCACGGCCUCCUCGGCGGAGACCCGUCCGGACUGACAGGCGGGAGUCCACAUGGGCUGUUAGGUGGCAGCCCACAUGGGCUGCUGGGCGGCAGCCCCCCAGGCAUGCUGGGCGGCAGUCCCCCGACCCUGCUGCAGUCGGCCCACGAGGAGCUCAACGGCUCGCUUGACCACCUGGACACCAACGGACACGGCAGCCCCGGGUACUCCCCACCAGUACACAUGUGUUUCCCAGUUACUUUAAAUUUUUCACAUGAAAAACUUAAGUGGCCGCCCAUUCACGUGAAGGAGGAGCCGCUCAACAUGGACGACGACGACUGCCCGAUGUCGCUGGUGACGACGGCCAAUCACAGUCCGGAGCUGGAGGAGGACCGGGAGCUGGAGGAGGGGAACUUAUCGGAGGACCUCGAGUGACUAGGGCGCGGCUUUUGGCCGACGUGUCCCUCCGCCCGGGCCGCACUGUUCCUCCCACGCAGACCUCCCUCCAGACUAGAAACCACUCCACAGCCCAAGCAGACACAGCCGACUCUCUCUCUCUUGUCUCUAUCACCACUGGGACUAUUUAUUGAGCAUGCAUCCGGAUGGAGACCGGUCCAAAGGAACUCUUUGCUGCAGACCUUUGGGAUCCCCGAACACGACAGGCAUGAGUUGCCUGGUUAAAAAAAACAAAACAAAAAAACUAACUCUCCGAGAUUUCUUUAGAGAUGGCGUGGCCACGUACAGUACAAGGAUGAUGGACUCACGGAUGUGGGGGGAAAAAAACAAACGAGCCGAGUCAUGUUCCGUUGAAAGCUAGCGGCCUCAUAUACUGCCAAAAAGGAAGACGUUUUAUGUUUGUGAAUAACCCGACCCCACAGUAGUUGUUGACGUCUAGAGACAAUUGCUGGUUCAAUUCAAAGUUGUUGCUCUGUUCUCAUUUGCACAGGAGUAGUCUCAGAAAUUUGUGUCACUGCCUGUAUGUUGCUACGAUAAUAAAAAAACCAGUAUAUUGUUUUCAGCUUUUUUUUUUUUUAAAUCAUCGUUUAAUUUUCCAAAUAUGAUUUUUUUUUUUACACCACCAACUGUAAAUGCCAUUUCCCUGAAUUACACCAGAACUGCGGUACCCAGACUGUUGUUGCAGCUGUCCAAAAAAAAAAAAAAACGAUAAAAAAAAAAUAAAAAGUCGGCUUCCAGUCUAUUAUCUGUUUGUGAUUAAAAGUUUGGGGGGAAAAGAAUAAUAAUAAUUGUUUGUGAAAAAGCACCAUUUACAAAACAAAUGCAUUUCUGCCUAAUUUUCUUCUCGCUGUUCCUCCUUAUACCUCCUCGUUCUGAAAGCUUUGUCUACCUGCAAACAGUCACAGGCAACAGCUAGAAACCAAAGCCAACAAUGGCCAAUAGCUUAUAAGACAGAAAGCCGCCAAAACUCCUCUUGGUCCGCCUUCUGCCACUUUAAACUCGUACAAAGAGAAGCUUUCGUUCUGCAAAACUACCUUCAAAGUAACCUCUGGGAUCGUUUAGUUUUCGCCCCUAUACAAAGAUGAUCGCUGGGAAAGAGAGAUGUGGGCGGGGCGGGGGGGGUGGGGCGUAAAUGCUGAUUUUGUAAAUUGAUAACUCGUCCACUUUGGGGAUUUUCUGCCAGAAAUACUGUAGGUUAGAAAGAGGCGAUGUGGUAUUUGACUGGUAGAGAGCAGCUAACUGUAAAAGUGGAUCAUGACCAAAACGAAAAAAAAAACAUUUGUGUAUUCAAUGGAAGUGCAGAAACAUUGUGUUGUUGUGACGUUUAUUUUUUACGUUUUGUUAAGCUUUACGCAUCAAACUUCAUUCUUUUUUUAUUUGUUUUGUUUUUUGGGGGUUUCUUUUCUUUUUCUUUUUUUUCUAACCUGGUGAAUAUGUAACGUUCUAAGUGGGACUGUCAAAAAUAAUGUCACGUCUUAUUUCCGUCAGGCGGUUUUUGCUCCGCGUCGAAAACCGAAACCGAAAACACCACGAACCAAACGUUUGAAACAAAAAAAAAUCUAGUGAAGCCAAAUAAUUUUCCAGUUGAUAUGAGAUGACGUGGCUUGGUUACCGUGUAAGAGCAAAUAAUAAUAGCCAUUGCAGAAGAGGAUAUCUAAGGUGAAAGAGAGGUAACCUUUUCUAGGUGAUAUUUGCUUUAACUCCAUCCAACAUCGAAUACUCAUCGUGUGGCUCGUAGCUUCUCAACCAUACAGGUGCAACCGUUUUUGGCACGGGCUGUACUCCGUAUAGGUGGCCAGCUUUUUCUAAUAACGCACGCUGGUAUUUCUUGACACUAAAGAGAAGUAGUUCUCGCGGCGACUCGCGUCCCGUCGUCUCCUGUCGCAGCCAAUGUCAUCUAGAAAAGUGUUGUUGCUUUAAUGGUCAUUUCUGUUUUCAGUAAACCAAAGUUACACAAAAUUCUGCCUCCUCUUGUAUGGGAUAAAGAAAUCACAACCUGUUGAAGACACACACACACACACACACACGUAUUCACAGACCCCCCCUCCGAGCUUUUGGUCUGCAGAUCUUCUUGUUUCGGUUAAAUCUCCAGCUGCAGAGAAAAUGUACGCUGUCAAAGAACCGACGAGUGUCUUUGUAUCGCACUGUAACGAGCGACGCGUCCGCCUGCUUUGACCAAAAUGGAAACACACUGUGCAUAUGUUGUCUUCAAGCCGAGAAAUUGGCUGCGAGAGCUUAAACACGCAGACACGUGCAGUACUGUACACACACACACACACACCAGUUCCACGUCAAGAGGGUGCUGGGCCACAGGAACAAAGCUUAUCCCUUCAAUACUUAGCUGGAGUCAGCAAAACGACUUGAAGACGACGUUCUUAAUAAUCUUAUCACACCAAAUAAAAGGGACGCUGCGUCUUUCAAAAAAAAAAAAAGAAAGGAAAGAAAAAGGGUUCUCCCACUUACCCAAAAAGGCUUUCUCAAAGCUUCUACCUCUGCACAACAAAAAAAAAUUCAGAACAAUUAUGACAGAUUGCACGAGUUAUUAGAGCGCCACGAGAGCCGUUAACACUUUACCGCGCUUGUCUCAUAGGACGUGGCUCAAACCAACGUUUACAUUCCCUAUACGUCAAGAAACGGAAGAUUUGCAUCGUAAUAGGUUGUCCUCAAACAUUUGUAGAAUGAUAAUGUAUAGAUUAACCUGUAAGGGAAUAUUGUGUUUUUAAAAAAUGCAUGUCUAAAAAAAUCAUUUGGUGGACUGGAAACAAGAACUAAACUGAAAAAGAGUAUAAUAAAAAUCAUCGGGACGAUGGCCUAAAUGUACGUACAUUACCUCAGAUAUACUGUUUUGGGAAGGAUUAAAAACCUGUCAGCCACAGAAUGCAUAUUACCUGUAGAUUUGCAUGGGUUUUGUAUAAAUUAAGUAAAAAAAAAAAGUCUAAAAUAGUUGCUUGCACAUAAUACCAGAAAGACCUCCAGAACUGCGAUCUGCUCCUCCACUAGAUUUUAGGAUUGUCUGGAUUUUCUGGGUUGAUUUUGUCUGUAUUUUGAUAACUGUGCAUACUUAUGUAAAAAAGAAAAAAAUUGUUGGUGGACCCAUAAAUUUACCAGACUUUUUUCUAAGAGGAAAAAAAAAAAUCUCAGUGUUUCUUUUCUGACUUACCUGAAUUUUUACUGUUUCUCUCUCAUUGCUCGCUAAGAAUAGCAAACCUGCUUUUUCUGCAUCUGCUUUGCGUAGCUGUAAGGCUUAACCUAAUGUGUGUAUUUAUUGCUUGUACCUCUGUGCAUACUUUAUGAAGCAUUAUGUCUGGCAGUUGAGUCAUGUAUCCUUUCUACUGCUAUCCUUCUCUAAUAAUUGGGAAUAUGAUCCCCGUAUGUAUACAGUAAAUUGGGACUGUAGCAAACAUAUGUUUAUGUAAUUGGUGAAAACUUUUUUUUGUUUGUUUUUCGUUUUAAUUUCCUUACGAUCGAGAUUCAACAACAUUUUUUUUUUUUUUAUACUUUUCAUUACUGUGUACUGUGUCCAUACGUUAACAUGGUUCUCUGACAUUAGAAGGUCAUGGUUGAGAAUUGUAACAGACGUUAUUAUUUUCUGUAUUCAUGGCAUUUCACUGCUGAAUAAAAUAAAGGACCAAAACUUGGAAUUUGAAAAACAA